AUGGCCCUUUAUCUUUGUCUCCCCCUGGUGGUUGUACUCCUGCAUCCUGCUCUCUGUCUCUACAACUGCUCCUCUGAGUAUGAAAGGACACCAGACAGCUCAGACUUGGUGGUCGACUGUGGAACCAACAUGAUAACCCUGGAGAUCAACCUGUGCACAGCUCAGUGGGCAGGCUUCAACACCACAAACCUGGCUCUGAAUGGGGCCCACAACAACACAGAGUGUAUGGGCUCUGUCGACACCAGUGUGGCCCCCCCAGUCAUCCGUUACCAUCUCCCUGUCAACCACAGUCUGGAUAACUCCUGUCGCCAUUCUCUGCAGAUUGUGGACAAGACCCCGGACCCCAACGGCCCCUUCGCCAGCUUCCAAAACAUCCAGGCAGUUAUCAUCACAGGCUUCAUUGACACACCCAGAUCCGACCAGGGGCUGAUCAGUUACGCCACAGACCUCUACUAUCAUUUCUCUUGCAGCUACCCACUGGAGUACCUCAUGAACAACACACAGAUUGUGGCCUCCUCUGUCUCGGUGGCGACCAACGAUAACAAUGGAACUUUCAUUGAUGCACUAGAAAUGGCUGUUUUUAAUGACUCAGACUACAUCCACCCGUUAGUGAUGCCUUCAGUAGGACUCCAACUGCGAACCAGGAUCUAUGUGGAGGUGAAGGCCGUUAACCUCACAGGAAAUUUCCAUGUCCUGCUGGAUCACUGCUUCAGUACUCCCACUGCUUACAACAUGUCGCACAGCGAGCAGCACAACUUCUUCGUCGGCUGUUCAGUGGACCAGAGGACGUCCGUGACAGACAAUGGUCUUUCCAAGGUUGCCAGGUUCAACUUUGAGGCCUUCCGCUUCGUACAGCACCGGGACCAGGCAAAGUCCAGCAUCUAUCUGCACUGCAUACUGAGACUCUGUGAGCCCAGCAAAUGUCAAGCGCUGGUGUCUGCCUGCAACAACAGAAGAAAAAGAUCUGUGACUCCUUUUGGAAAAGAAAGCAGCGAAUCGGCCACUGUUUCAGUCGGACCUCUUUACACUGCUCCAGAAGGCAGGCCAUAUGCAGCGGCCUACAGUAAUGACAUGGCAUCAGAGAAGGAUGACGUGGACGUGACGGGCCUGGUGGUCGGGGUGGUGUUUGGCUCAGCGGCUGCUGCUCUGCUGGUUCUGGGCGGCUGGUUUGUCCUGAAGAAAUUUUACUGGGCGGGAGGAUUAUGUGCCUUCGAUUGACAGAUUGACCAGCAAAUUGUCUUUGCCUUGUCACCUCAAACCUCAUAAUGCGCUGAUUGUGAUUUUUAACUAAUAACCACAUGUCAUUGUCAGAUGAAUAUAACAAUUUAAUACUCAGGUUUCUUUUUAUACUCACUGCAUCUGCAUUCAAUAGCUGUUUACUGAUAAUGAAGGAAGAGUUAAGCCUGAACUAUGUGUAAAAACCUUAAACUUUACAAUGGACGGAACUAAAGUACAGUUAUUUUUAUAUUUUAUAACAGUAUAGAUUUGAUAAUUUCUUUGAGUUUGCAAACUGUUUUUUUCUUCAACUGUAUAAAUGUCUUUGGGAAUCUUGGACAGGAUUUUGACUGCGUUGCUUACAUGCAAAAUUGAUUAUUGAAUAUAUUAUUUGUAAAAUUUUGAAAUAAAGGUUACAUUCAGUUCAUUUUAC